UACUGUCCUCUUGACCGAUUUUCCCUGGACGGGUCGAUGGAUCAACGGCGUAGAGAAUGGACCAAAACAAAAUGACGAGAAGAUUUUGACCGUCCCAAUUCAAAGCGCAUCGAUAAAGCGGAGUGAAGGCGAUGGAAUAUCGGGAUGGAAACCACCCACGGAGAAAUGUCCAGUGGAGUGGAUCUAAAAUGCCUGCUUUUGGCUUAGCGUAAAUUACUGAUUAUUCUCUUUGAGCCAACAAGAAGGCUAGAAUUUAUGUAUUUCUCGAUUUCAGAAUGUUGACUGUGACAUUCAGCUGAGUACAUUUGCAGGUUGUGCAUUGCGACUGCGUAUUAACGUGAGACUAUACACAUUGUUUCAACUCAGCUUCAGGACUGGCACCGCAUUUCCACAGAGAACAAUGAUAGAUCGGUGCCUUUUACAUAAUUAGUAAUACUUGCAGUGUCAAUCUGAAAUGUGCUGAGUGGGAUUUGUUUCUGUAAAAUGUCUACCAAAAACAUGGGAUUUGUAUCUGGUUCGAGGUCCUCGUCAAAGGCAGAUACUAAAGAAUGCCAGGUGAAUGAGGAGGCUGAGCUAGUUACGCAGUCCUCCGGAAGUCUUUCAUCUACCAUACAGCGGCUGAAGAAGGAGAUAUCAGCUGAUAGACAUGUAUAUGUAAAGGAAAGAAUUGACUUAAAUAAAAGGAAUCUAGAAUUAUAUACUGCAAAUCUUCUUUCCUUAUCUAAGUCGAGGAAAGUAACAAGUUCCAUAGGGAAGGAAGAGACAAAAGACAUUCUAACCUGUAGAAUGGAAAAGGCACCUUGCAAGUUUAGUCUUGAUUUAACAGCAGGUGAAAAAGAGAAUAUAAAUUUUCAAGAAGAAGGUUCAAAUGCAUCAUCAAUAGUGGGAAGCUGUGGGGGAAAGACUGGUGUUCGACCUAUUAAACUUCAUGAAGUGCAAAAGAUCCCACCAUAUACAACAUGGAUAUUUUUGGAUAGGAACCAGAGGAUGACAGAAGAUCAGUCAGUUCUGGGAAGAAGACGCAUUUAUUAUGAUCCAAAUGGUAAUGAAGCACUUAUUUGCAGUGAUAGUGAGGAGGAAGCUGGUGAUGAGGAUGAAGAUAAGCCUGAGUUUAGUGAAGGGGAUGAUCGUCUUUUGCGGAUGGGGAUUCAGGAACAUGGUUUGUCGCAGGCAAUACUUGAUAGCCUCUGUCAGGUUGUAGAAGUCAAACCUAAUGAAAUUCAGGCAAGAUAUGAAUAUCUCAUCCAACAAAGUCAACAUUCUGAACUUGAAGGCAAGGGAUCUGGUGUUGACAAUAUAGCUUCUGACUGUAUAUUCCUUGGGAAAGACCUUGAUGCAGCUAUGGAUUCCUUUGAAAAUCUGUUUUGUCGUCGUUGCUUGGUCUUUGACUGUCGUUUGCAUGGGUGUUCUCAGGAUCUUGUUUACCCUAGUGAAAAACAACCUCCGUGGACACCACCUGAAGAAGAAAGUAACAUCCCAUGCAGUAUUCACUGCUACAGGCUGCAAACAAAAGUGGAAGAAAUAAGUAGCCCAAAUUUGCUUGCUGAUGUUGAUGACACAAAAACUAUCCUUCCUGCAAGCAAGGAUAGAAAUAAGUUGAGCUCACGGAAGAAGGGUUUAGCCACCGCUGGUGCGAAAACACCAAAGUCUGUUAAGACUGAGAGUGGACGUCUGGAUGAAAAGCCAAUUGCAGAUAGCAGUAUAGGAGAACCUGAUUUGGCAAAAGAUUGUUCAGAACCUCAGCAUUUGGAAACACCACAAAAAAGGAAACAUGAAAGAAAAAUUGUAGGAAAUUCAAAGAAAAAUAAUAAAAGGGUUGCUGAAAGAGUUUUAGUCUCUAUGAGGAAACGACAAAAAAGGAUGGUUACAGAGACCAGUACCAUUGCUAGUGGAUUUGUUUCUCCAUCAGGCAUUCAUCUUAGAUCAAACUCAGGAAAAGGUGUUGAUAAUACACAAAAGUCAUUGCAGAAGAAUAACAAGAACUCUGUAGGAAAGAAGUCAUUGAGGAAGAGAAGUUCAACCAAGAAAAGCGACUCCAAUGCAGAUGACUUUAUCAAACCAGAGGAUGAUGUACAACCUAUAAUCCAUGGUGACUUCGAGGAAACAGAAGAACAGGGAGCUACCUGUAAACAACAAGGAACGCUUGAUAUUGGUGUUAAGCAAGAGGAUUGUGGCUGGAGUUCUGUAGAGAAGGGACUAUAUGCAAAAGGUGUGGAGAUAUUUGGCAGGAAUAGCUGCCUUAUAUCAAGAAAUUUGCUGAACGGUCUCAAAACAUGCUCAGAGAUAGCAGAAUACAUCCGCUCCAAUGAAUUCCUAAUACAUGUAGUUGGGGAUGGGCUCAAUUCACGAUCAGAUGGCAAUGGGAAAGCUGAUGGUGGCGAUGCUAUUGGAACAGAAGCUCGAACAAGAACAAGGUUUUGGCGCAGAAGAGGGAAAGUUCGCAGACUAAAGUACACCUGGAAAUCUGCUGUUCAUCCCUCAAUAAGAAAAAGAAUUGCUGACAGUAAAGACCAACCUUGUAAGCAGUACACUCCUUGCAAUUGUCAAUCUACGUGUGGGAAGCAGUGUCCCUGUCUACACAGUGGGACAUGUUGUGAAAAAUAUUGUGGGUGCUCCAAAGGUUGUAAAAAUCGUUUUCGCGGCUGUCACUGUGCGAAGAGCCAGUGCCGAAGUCGGCAGUGUCCAUGCUUUGCUGCUGGCCGUGAAUGUGAUCCUGACGUUUGUCGAAAUUGUUGGGUUGGUUGUGGAGAUGGCACUUUGGGAGGUCCACCACCAAGAGGUGAUAAUUAUGAAUGCAGAAAUAUGAAACUUCUCCUAAAGCAGCAACAACGAGUGCUACUUGGAAGGUCUGAUGUUUCUGGAUGGGGAGCCUUUUUGAAGAAUUCUGUCAACAAACAUGACUACCUUGGGGAGUAUACUGGUGAGCUGAUUUCACAUCGAGAAGCAGACAAGCGAGGAAAGAUUUAUGAUAGAGAAAACUCGUCCUUCCUUUUCAACCUGAAUGAUCAGUAUGUUCUUGAUGCAUAUCGUAAGGGAGAUAAGUUGAAGUUUGCAAAUCAUUCUCCCACCCCAAAUUGUUAUGCAAAGGUGAUUAUGGUUGCUGGUGAUCAUAGAGUAGGUAUAUUUGCGAAGGAACGUAUUCAAGGAGGCGAAGAGCUCUUUUAUGAUUACAGGUAUGAGCCAGACAGGGCACCAGUGUGGGCAAGAAAACCAGAAUGUCCAAAUUCAAGAAGGGAAGAAACAACCACUUCUCAUGGUAGGGCUAAAAAAGUAGCUUGAAAUUUAUUUUGAAUGACAGUUAUUCUUGGAACUAAUUGUAGACAAGCAUUAGAAGUUGCUGUUAUUAUUUCAUUGGAAGGUGAAGUACCUUCUCUAAUUGUAACAUUGUUAUUCUCUGAGGGGAAAUCCUAUUCCUAUUUUGUAAUCUAAUUUGUAAUCACAUUGGGCCUGGAUUUGGCGGUAUUUUACAAAAGAAAUGAUAAGGGAGUGCAAUGCACUGAAGAUGGGCAUUGUAUAGUCUCUUUCGGGUAACUGAUCUUAUUUUACAGACUCACGUCUGCAAACAAAAAAAAAGUCACUCUAUUUACCAAACAAUGUCAGAAAAUUUAAGAUUAUUGCAGAAGGUUGGGCACUUCCAGACGAGCUGUGGACCUUUGUCAUUUAAUCUCUGUGAAUCCUUUCUUAGGCAGUUCAGGCAUUUUUUUCCCCAAAGAUUAUUGGAGACCAACUUUUCUGGAUCUUAAAGGAAUAGAUUUGACCUCCUGCUGAAUAAACUUCUUUGUAGCUACUCCAUUUAUUAAAUGAACAUUUUCA